UAUCGUUCCAUAUCACUCAGAGGACGAACGCCGAAGGCUUCAACCACGUGCCGUCUCUUGUUGGAGCUUCGAAAAAAGUUUCCCGGGGCAACACUGGUUUAAACCCGAUCACGACUAGAGUGCUCUUUGGACAGUAGUGAAACCAUCGAUUAAAAGCAAAAUAAAGUGAGGAGCCCUACGAUCGUGAACAUUCCAUCCCUAACGGAAUCGUCGUGAGUGUUUGUGUGUGAUUUUUACGCGGGUGGAUUUUUGUGUGAUAUUUUUUGUGUACCUGUCCCCGGCCUAUCUGUCCACGAGCAGAUCGCCCUGUCCAGUAAGUAUAUUGUACUGCAGGACCGAUCGAUACGAUCACUUUCGGGUCGCUCGGUUGCCACUAGUUGUCGGAGUGCUCCGAUCGGAUCUGUGUGUCGUACGGGAGAGCGUCCUUUGGAACCGGCGACCACUGUGCAAGGGCGUGUAGAGCCUGGAACCUGGACCGAUACCAGAGCCCAAGGUUCCAACCAUGGGAAAAGCGAACGCAGUCAGUGCGGCAGACGAGCAGGAGAUCGCCGAAGCGCGAGGUUCCACCCUUCCGGAUAUGCUGUACGAUGUGUUGGCGCGGGCAGCGAUUACUUCCAUCGGGCAAUUCGUGUACAAGCGCGUCGACAAUCUGCUCUGGACGGUGGAGAAAACGGCUCGCUGGUCCCUGCCGCAGAAUCCUCCGAUCAUGACGGAAAAGACGGCGGUCACCGAAAAGGUGGCGGCCGCCGCCGGAACCGAGGAAAGUGAAGACGCGGGAACAAACAUUUCCGGUCCGCCACUGAUACGGCCCCUGCCCUGGUUGCUCUUCCUCCCGGCGCUGAUCGUACUGCGUCUGAUCCGAACGGUUCUGUCGAUGGGCGCGAGAGCGAUCGGACGUGGUCCGGUGCUUCCGGCGACCAUGGUGGGUUUUCUGCAAAACAAGCGACGAAAGCUACGCGCCCUGAAGUAUCGCGGACAGCGACUGCAGCGUAUCUCUCGGCUUGAGGUGUCCUCGGAGGAAUCUCCACAGGGGAUCGCUUCAUCCUGGCUUCAGCGCAUUAUUCUGCCGCUAAAGAUGGUCAUCUGCACCCGGCCGUACCGGGCGACGGACCUCAACUCGGACGUGGCCCAUGCCGUGGUGUUCCGUAAGGAUCAGCCUUCGACUGCGGCACAAAAGCGAUCCGUGGCCGUGUCGAAGAAGCGCAACCUGAACCAGCGUGAAGCCGAGAGCGACGAGGAGGGGGCCAGCGAUGAAGAUUCAUUCGAAGAUGCCGGAUACAAGGAGCUGCUCGAUAAGUACGCUAACGUUGACGAUUCCAGUUUCAACGUGGACGACAUCUCAUCGCCAUCGGAUGACUCCAUCAGCUCGCAAUCCGAUGCUGAUCCUUCGCCCAAGAAACCUACCCUCGAAGCGGACAAGAAGUUGAACGGAGGAAGCCAGCAGGCUGCGGUUGCACCGAAACCCGAGACUCUAAAGCGAUCUGCAAGCGAACAUAAGAAUGGUAUCGAUGCGUCAGCGGGUGCUUCGAAGAAUUCUACUAGCGCCAAAUCGAUCAAUCCACCCAUUCGGUCUCAAUCGGCUGCUGACUUAGAAAAGGGAAACAACGCGCAAUCUUCAGCAUCGGUCGGAACGGACGGCAAUAGUAGUGCGGCUACCAGCAGCACUACGACGCCUUCAAAGAGUAUCCCUAACCUAACAAGCUCGCCGGAAAACAAUGAAAACAAACCGAUCAAUCACAACAUCCCCGGGGUAGUGGCCGGCCCGCCCGUAAAGUCCCCUACUCCGACGUCACUGAAACCACUGGCCAAGCAAUCGCCCACUAUGAGCGACGUCCGGAACAGCUUCCAGCAGCAAAAACAAACCGCUUUUGCCACCAAAGCGUCACAUUCUGGUGCAACGGCCCCACAACAGCAAAUGAAUCAACAACAGCAGCAACAUAUGACCAAUGGCGGGAAAAGUCGCAACAAGAAACCAUCAACGCAGUCUGCUGCUUGAAGGCUCGAACUAACGGCAAGAACUGAUGCUGGGAGAUCCUUAUGCUGGUCAUUCCUUUUUGGGGAGAAUUCUUUCCACCGAAUUCCCUACUCCUUCUUUACGUGGCGUUAAUUUUCUUUUUUGUUUUGCAAGUGCCUUUUGGAAAUGUGAAUGCAAUGGUGUGUUAGAAUAUCAUGUGUACUAUGUAUCGUAAAUGUUUCGGUAAUGUUUAAAAAGGGUCUUCUUUACACGCUCGGGAGGCGCUUAGCCGAUAUCGUUAUUGUUAAUAAAUUUGCCUUCAGUGCAGCAAGGUUUUAUUCCGUUUCAUAUCAA